GGUUCAGGUUCCAUAGCCGUUAGAAGGCGAGAGAAAGCGCCAACUUUAAACCGGAGCUUUGAUUUUUUUUAUUCGCGAUACCUGUCCGCGGAGUUGUGGGUCGCUUGGAUUGAGACGUAGCCGCUACUUACAGCCGGACUGACAAUGGCCGAGUGGGGUUCAGCGGCCGUUAGCGCCGGGAGUGUUCUGGUAGAUUCAUCCGGUUUCGACUCCAGACUCGCCGACUCCUCCAAGGAGCACCUCCUGAUCGAGACUGUAUCGGACGCUGUGGAAGGUGCAUCUCUACCAACAGAAGUUGUAUUAAUAGGAAAGAUUGGGGACACUGAAGAUGUUUUAAAAGCCUUAGAGACAGUAAAAGAAAUGGAAGUUCCUCUGAAGGUGAAGGAAAGCACGCCAAAUAGCAAGUUUGGUCAACGGUUUAUAAAAUCUAUUGUAAAUAUGGAAAUCAAGCAACCAUUUGUUAAAUUGGAUGGGAUCCAAGAUUUUGAUAACGAAAAUACUGAGCUUGCGACUAUAUUUGUGUUAGAAGAAUUUGAAGGCCAAACUUAUGAGACCUUGCACAAGAAGAAUGCUCGAAUCCUGGGGCCUCCUGUUGUAUUGCACUGUGCAAGGAAAGGGGAGCCUUUGCCUUUUUCAUCACGGCCACUGUACUGCACAAGUAUGAUGGAUCUGGUCUUGUGUUUCACUGGAUUCAAGAAGGAGAAGAUGCUUGUCCUUGUUACCCUGGCACAUCAUAUGGGAGCAACCAUUCGGAAAGAAUAUACUGGUAAAAUAACUCAUCUUGUGGCCAGUUCUACUCAGAGUGACAAGUUCCGGGCUGCUGUAAGUAUGGGCACUCCUAUCAUGAGAGCAGAUUGGAUUUAUGCGGCUUGGGAAAGAAGGAAUGAAGUUGAUUUUCAUAUUGCCGAUGAAGUGUUUCGAAAUGAGUUCAAGGUGCCCCCAUUUCAAGACUGUGUGUUAUCUUUUCUGGGAUUCCCAGAUGAAGAACUCCGAACUAUGGAAGAAAUGACUGAAAUGCAAGGAGGAAGAUACUUGCCUCUUGGUGAUGAAGCAUGCACUCACCUUGUGGUGGAGAAUACAAUAAAACAGCUGCCAUUUAAACCCAUCAAAAAACUGUUUGUUGUAAAACAGGAGUGGUUCUGGGGAAGUAUACAGAUGGAUGCCAGAGCUGGUGAAUCAAUGUACUUGUUUGAAGAGUCAGAAAGCCCAACUCUGAAGACAUCUGUGUCUUUGCUUUCAUUGAGCACACCAAAUAGCAUGCGCAAGAGGCGCCGCUUGCGGGAUACACUGACACAGUUUACAAGAGAGACUGACAGCUUCUCGCCUUUUCCUCCACGCAAAAGGCCUUCAGGAGAAGCUUCCAUUUCACUGGGAUCUUUGCUGGACAUCUCUAACACGCCGGAGUCAUGUGGAGAAACUCCCAAGUCUAGCAUAAAAUCUUCGAAAUGCUGUGCAGCUAUUCCUGCAAAGCAGUCUGCACGGUGGCAAGUUGCAAUGGAACUGUACCAGACAGAAAGCAACUAUGUUGAUAUUUUAACGACCAUUAUUCAGCUAUUUAAAGUUCCUUUGGAAAAAGAGGGCCAACUUGGAGGUCCUAUUCUUGCGCAAGAAGAAAUAAAAACAAUAUUUGGCAGUAUUCCAGAUAUUUUGGAUGUACACACAAAAAUUAAGACUGAUCUUGAGGAACUUAUUUUGAAUUGGUCAGAAAACCACAGCAUAGGUGGCAUUAUUCAAAAAUAUUCAAAGGACUUGGUGAAGACCUAUCCGCCAUUUGUGAACUUCUUUGAAAUGAGCAAAGAUACUAUUGCGAAGUGUGAAAGGCAGAAACCAAGGUUUCAUGCCUUCUUAAAGAUUAAUCAAGCUAAACCGGAAUGUGGUCGCCAGAGCCUGGCUGAACUGCUUAUACGACCUGUACAGAGGUUGCCAAGUGUGGCCUUGCUGUUGAAUGAUCUUCGCAAACAUACAGAUGAUGCUAAUCCUGACAAAAUCAGUUUGGAAAAUGCGAUUGAAUUGCUAAAAGAAGUAAUGACUCAUAUUAAUGAAGAUAAAAGGAAAACUGAAGGUCAACGACAAAUCUUUGAUGUUGUUUAUGAAGUAGAUGGUUGUCCUGCCAACUUGUUGUCAUCUCAUCGCAGUCUUGUCCAGCGAGUUGAGACCAUUGUGCUCGAUGAUGACUUGUGUGACCGAGGUGAACAGGUGACUCUAUUCUUAUUCAAUGACUGCCUGGAGAUUGCAAGGAAGCGCCAUAAAGUGAUUAGUUCUUUCAAGAGUCCUCAUGGUCAAACACGCCCUCCUGCCUCCCUGAAACACAUUAUGCUAAUGCCUCUUUCCCAAAUAAAGAGAGUAUUGGAUAUUAAGGAGACUGAUGAUUGCCGCAGUGCUUUUGCCUUGGUGGUACGACCUCCAACAGAACAAUCAAACCUACUGUUUAGUUUCCAAUUAAUAGUGGAAGAACCUAAGAAGGAUCAUUGGUUAAGACUGCUUUGUCGACAUGUGGCAAACACCAUUUGCAAGGCAGAUGCAGAAAAUAUUAUUUUUAACACUGACCCAGAGUGUCUCGAAGUCAACACAAAAGAUGUGGAUAGCACAUUAAGCAGAGCAUCAAGAGCAUUUAAAAAAACCUCAAAGAAGGUUACAAGAGCAUUCUCAUUUACUAAAACACCAAAGAGAGUUUUGCAACGAGCUCUGAUGGUCCACAGUACCCCUGAUACAAAGAGCCCAACAAGUAAUGGAACUUACCUGGGUAGUCGAUUGGCCAGCACAUCUUCGUUAGUGGGUGUACAAUCACCUUCAUUGGUGAGCCUACCAGCAACAUUUGAGAAAAAAUACCACACUUGCAGUCGAUCAACAGCUCAUUUGAUAUAGCAUCCGCAUAUUGGCUAAAUGCGUAAAAUAAUACUUUUGAUCAGUUGCAACCAUUGUAAAAGUUUAAAUGAUAUAAAGUGUAAUUGUAUUUGAAGUAUGCAUCAUUUUUAAGGGAAGGAUAAUGCUAACUGUACUGUGGAUUUGUUUUCCUUUAACCUUGUUCCAUCUUUUUUUACAAUACUAUUGUCUACCUGGUUGAACACUAAUUGAAGAAAUUUUGAUUGCUGUUUUUCCUGCUUCAAUUUGUACAUUUUUGUACAAGUUUAUUUAUUACACUGCUUCUGUAGCCUUUUUAUUAAAAUGUGUAUCAUUUAAUGCAUUGAUGAAAUUGACAUAAUCAACUUUCUAGGGAUUAUUUUAACUUAAUUCUUUGGUCAAAUAAUGGAGCCAGUUUGGGAGAACAACAUUAGCCUUGAAAGAAUAAAGUUGAACAGGUUCAAAAAAGAGUUGAACUUGAUCCUGAAAUUUUCCCAACAUGUGGAUUUGGUUAAAUUGCCUCAAAAGGUCUGUUGCAGCUGGGUAAUUCAUUGAAACCCAUAAUCUCAAGACAGGAAAGACAGUUUUUAUUUAAUGUGCAAAUUACUUAAUACCCACAAAAUGUUUAAUUGAGAAAAACCUGAAUCAACCUACUUCAAAUUUUAUUGGAAGGGAAAUAUAACCAGGCAGUCUUCUAGCCAACAUUUAUGGGUUGAUGUUGUCUUUCAGGUUUUCCCAAAACUAUCUUUUUUUAAAAAAAGGGUUAAAUGAAGGUAUGAUUAUGAUUCCAACAAUAUAAAAUGUAUUAAAGUAAAUUAUUUAGUCAAGUACAAUGCUAAGAUGAUAACAUAUUUUUCUAGAUGCACCUCAUUAAAAUUAGCAAC